AAGGUGCCUGCUCAUCCUGAAGCCCGAGACCCGGGCCGACCCCGGCUGCCUGGAAGGGUCGAGGGUGAGAAGCACAGCGUCUUGGGAUAUCCUUACUCUCCUGCCCACCACCGGGGGACCUCUACCGUCCGUACCGUGGCUGGGUUCUCGGGCUCCGGCCUUCUCUCAGCACCGCCACCCGGGCCUAACAUGGCCGCUGGUGCUGGGACCUGCAGGGCGCACGCGGAGAAUCGGGGCCGAGGUCCCGGGCCAGAGCCGGCUCCUCCCGGCAUUCCUCGCGGGUGUGGCGUGGGCUCCGUUCCCCGCCAUCUCCGGGUCCCUAACGAGGGAAACCCUCGGGCUUUGAGGUAGUAUGGCCCAGGGCUUGAUUGAGGUGGAACGAAAGUUCACUCCAGGGCCUGGCACAGAGCAGCGGCUGCAGGAGCUGGGCGGCACCCUGGAGCGUCAGGUCACCUUUCGAGACACCUACUAUGACACCCCAGAGCUGAGCCUCAUGCGGGCCGAUCACUGGCUGCGACAGCGAGAGAACAGAGGAUGGGAGCUCAAAUGCCCUGGCCCGGCGGGUGUCCCAGGGCCCCACACCGAGUACAGGGAACUCCUUGCAGAACCUGCCAUUGUGACCCAGCUCCUCGAGGUGCUGGGAACGCCACUGGGCAUGGGGGCUGGAAGUGUGGCGGCUGCGCUGGGCCCGCUGGGGCUGCAGGAGGUAGCUAGUUUUGUGACCAAGCGGAGUGCCUGGAAGCUGGUGCUCCCUGGAGGGGCUGGGGAAGAGGAGCCCGUGCUCAGGGUGGACCUGGAUACAGCCGAUUUUGGUUACGCCGUGGGGGAGGUUGAGGCCCUGGUGAGGGAGGAAGCUGAUGUGCCCACCGCGCUGGAGAAGAUCCAUGGCCUCAGCAGCCUGCUGGGUGUACCGGCCCAGGAGAAAGCACCUGCCAAGCUCAUCGUGUACCUGCAGCGCUUCCGGCCCCAGGACUAUCAGCGCCUGCUGGAAGCUGAAGCGCACAACUGUAAGAGGGAGGCCGGGGACCGAACAUCCUGAUGACUGCCUGGGCUACACUUGAAGGCAGAAGGAACUCGGCCUGGUGGGAUCAUCGCUUUGCCGGGCUGCUUCCCUUCCCACAGUGACUCCUCCUCCGUUCUUCGGCCUCCUCCUAGCUCCCCUUCACCAAGCCCUCCUCGGCUGCCUCCUUUCCCUCAUCCGUCAGAUGCAAUCUGUGGGCCGCCCCUCUCCCCUGGCCGCUAAGCAGCCUCCAUUGAUUUCCGCUCGUGUUUAAAGGAUUUCCACUUAGCCGUGAUCAGUAGUUAAGCACAGGAAAAUCCCUUGCCGCACCCCCCUCCCUUGGUCGAUGCCAUUGAUUCUGCCAGCGGCUCCUAAACCGCCUUACAGCUGAGUUAGAGAUGAGAGGAGGCAGCGGGAUUUCCCCGCCUGGGGGCGUGGGGGGAAUUGCAGCAGGUUGGGGAAGCAGUCGGGAAUCCCGGUUAGAAAUACACAGGAGGUUCAGUCUGCUGAGGCCCUUGUGCCUGGCUCUGGCCCAGAUGGCAAGACUGCCUCCUGUGCAAGUUGAGGGGGCACAUCUGCUCCCAAUCCAGAGGAAGAGAACUUGCCGAAUUAAGGCAGGUUCCUGGGAUGCAGUGGAAAAUGUACACUUCCUGUCAGAACACUGUCCCCUUGCUGUGAUCCAUGUACAUUUUCUACCUCAAAUAUACCCAAAUAUGGCUUUCCAA